UAUUAUACACUCAUAUACACUCAUAUACACCCAUAUACAGUCAUCGCCGGAGUUCCGUUCUCCGACGAACUCCAACACUACCACCAGAAACCAACUGUUCAAACAUCAAAGAUCCGGCGUGACAGAAGGAGAGGAGAAAUAAAAAAAAAUAAAAAAAAAUAAAUAAAGAUCCGGAGUGACAGAGGGAGAUGGGAAAUUAAAAAAAAAAAGUAAAAAAUUAAAAAAAAAAUUAAAAAAUUAAAAAAUAAGAAAAGAAAAGGAGGCAGUGGCGAACUCCGAAAAAAAAACGAAAAAGAAGGAGGCAAUGGAGAGAGAGGGGGAGGAAGAGGGGAAUGGGUCAUUUUUUGAAAAGUAAUUUUUGUUUAAACUGAAGAUAGGCUACUGUGGGCAAGAAACUCAAAUAUGGGCUAAAUUUGGUAGCAUUGGUACCCCAAUUGAUAUUGAGUAUAAUUAUCCCAUAAUUUUUACCCCUCAAUCUUCGACUAGUAGCUUAACUAUUUGCUAUUGUUCAUCUAAAUAGUUAAAUUAAUAUGAUUAACUAUGUCUUUAUUUGAUUUUAUUGUAGUGCAAAAAUGGCAACUCAGACAAAUCAACACUCGGCUGAAACUGUUGCACUCUCUUUUGUGGAUCAAUAUUAUCGCAUUUUACAUAGGCUUAUCGACCAGUCUUAUCGAUUUUAUAAGCAAAAUAGUGCCCUAAGUUGGCCUCAGCCUGAUGGUGAAAUUAAAUAUGUGACAACGUCCGAAGGCAUAAAUGAAUUUAUUGUGUCAUGUCACUUCAAGAAUAACAAAGUGGAAGCCACAACUAUUGACUCCCAAUUAUCUGCUGCUGGGGGUGUUCUUGUGGUUGUUACGGCGAGUUUGAUCAGGCAAGAUGACUCGAGAAAAACUUUCUCUCAGACAUUUUUUCUUGCUCCACAGGAGAAAGGAUACUAUGUCUUGAACGACAUUUUUCGAUUUGUUGGCGUACAAGAAUCUUCAUUAGUCGUUGAGGAGCAGGUUGAUGAAAAUGCUUUAGUUUCUCCUAUGGUAUUGCAUCCAGAACCAGCUACUGAAAGCAAAGCUGGAUAUAAUGUCGAAGCUCAUGGUAAAGAAGUUUAUGAGAUAAUCCCCGUUGUUGAGAAUGCGGCUCCUAAACUUAGCUAUGCAUCAAUGAUAAAGAAGAGCAGGUCCUCACGGCCAACGAAUACCCCCUACAGAAUUGUAAGGAUUGUUGGAGAUGCUGGUCUCCCAUCAGCACCUAAAAAACUUCAAGCUAAUGUCGGCUUAGCUAAGGCUCUAGCGCCUAAUUCUAGUGGUGUGUUGAAAGUUGCAGCUCCUUCAAUCAAUGUUGCACCAGACAAUUUCAAUGAGGACAUUCAAUGUAAAUCGAUAUACAUAGGAGGAUUACCAACCAAUACAGCAAAAAGGGAUCUCCACGAUGUUGUCAAACAGUUUCGACCAGUUCAUACUCACGACGUUCAACUCAAAACUUAUGAGGUAUAUCAGGAUGGAUAUUGCUAUGGGUUUGUACAUUUUCAGGAUGCAAUUUCUGCUCAAAAUGCAAUUAAUACCCAUCACAUUAUUGUAAAGGGAAGAGAAGCCUACAUAAAGUUCAAAGAAUUAACAAAGGUACCUACCUAUUGCUUUGGGAGGACAAAGUCUCCAUCUGGUGUAUUUCGCAACAGUAAGCACUAUAUGAGCGGUUUUGAGUCGCGAAGCUGGUCGCAGAGUUCUGAUAGACAAAGGGGAGAAGGUUACCUGCAGCAAAACUACAGAAAGAGGGACCACAGAGGUGGUGCCAAUACAACUAUAAUUAGUAUUGUGACCUUGUUGUAG